AUGUAUCUCAUGAGGAACGGGGAUCCUCCGGAACUGCCUAAAUCUUUACCUCCAGAAGGGCAAGUGUACUUUGAGGAGGAGCAUAAGAAGAAUAAGGACAAGGAGGGGUUUGACCAUCAGAGAGUGGUCAUUAUCCGGUCGAACGAUAUUGUGGGCUCUGAGCUCCCAUCGAAGCGUCAGUUCAUGCUGUUGCGCGCAAUGGGAUUCCCCUCGGAGACUAUCGCUGCACCAGUCAAGUAG